AUGGUCAUUGGAUCCUCAAACUUUUUGGAUGUUAACCCUAAUACCUCAGGAAGCUGGUUUUGGAAGAGUUUAUGCAAGCUAAGACCGCUUGCAAAACCGUUUAUAGUGUGUGAAGUUCGCUCAGGAGAUACUUGCAGUUUUUGGAAUGAUAAUUGGACAUUUCUGGAACCGUUAAUUGAAGUCACUGGUCAGAAUGGUCCUCAGACUGUGGGUUUACCUGUGAAUGCAGUGGUUGCUGAUGCACUAAGAGAUGGCGACUGGUGGAUUUCUGCUUCUCGGAGUAGGAACCCCAUUAUUCAAUUGAUCAAACAAUGUCUGCCCAAUCCUCAUGAUAUUCUCAGGGGUGGAGAAGAGGAUACGUAUCUGUGGAAGAUAGGUGACUCUGUUCCCUCAAGUAAGUUCUCUGCUGCGGCUACCUGGCGUUUUUUGAAUCCUCCUGGUCCAUCCAUAGACUGGCAUGGUGCGGUUUGGUUCAAAGGAAAGAUUCCUCGGCAUGCGUUUAUUGCUUGGAUUGCUGCUCGCCAUAGAUUGCAUACGAGGGAUAGGCUCAUCAGUUGGGGUCUUCAUGUCCCCUCUAAUUGCCUCCUCUGCAACAGAUUUGAUGAAUCUUUGCAACAUAUUUUCUUUGAUUGUGAUUUCUCUCAGGAGGUUUGGUCUUAUUUCACUUCAAGAGCGAAUGUGACCUCCCCGAUGGUGUUUCAAGAUGUGCUCAGAUGGAUGAAUUCUCCUGCUCGGGAUAAGAAUGUUGCCUUUAUUCUCCUGCUCGGGAUAAGAAUGUUGCCUUUAUUCUGA